AUGGAUGAAUACCAUGACAGUGAGUACCAUGAUGGUGAGUACCAUGACGGUGAGUACCAUGACAGUGAGUACCAUGAUGGAGACCGUGACAGUGAGUACCAUGAUGGUGAGUACCGUGACGGUGAGUACCAUGACGGUGAGUACCAUGAUGGUGACCGUGAUGGUGAGUACCAUGACGGUGAGUACCAUGAUGGUGACCGUGAUGGUGAGUACCAUGACGGUGAGUACCAUGAUGGUGACGGUGAGUACCAUGACGGUGAGUACCAUGAUGGUGACCGUGAUGGUGAGUACCAUGACGGUGAGUACCAUGAUGGUGACCGUGAUGGUGACCGUGAUGGUGAGUACCAUGACGGUGAGUACCAUGAUGGUGACCGUGAUGGUGAGUACCAUGAUGGUGAGUACCAUGAUGGUGACCGUGAUGGUGAGUACCAUGACGGUGAGUACCAUGAUGGUGACCGUGAUGGUGAGUACCAUGACGGUGAGUACCAUGAUGGUGAGUACCAUGAUGGUGACCGUGAUGGUGAGUACCAUGACGGUGAGUACCAUGAUGGUGAGUACCAUGAUGGUGGUGAGUACCAUGAUGGUGAGUACCAUGAUGGUGACCGUACCAUGAUGGUGAGUACCAUGAUGGUACCAUGA